AUGCCUCUUAGCGGUUCUUGCAUUACCUCUGUUGUCCCCUUCAUCCUCUCAAAUUCUUCCUCAAUCGAACCUGGAUUUUCUGAAUUUCCGAAAUGUGCUUCCUGGGUCGAGACACUGACCAACAAUCUCAACGAAAAGGCGGCCGCUGUUCAUCAACAGCAUGUGAUGUUUGAGCUCUCCGGUUAUGGGGUGUACUGCUUAUCUAUUCCUUUUGACCCUCUACUAACUCCAGUUGCUUCGGGACAAUACUCAUCGACAUUGUUGUUUGUUCUUGAGAGAGACAAAUUAACCUGGUUAUUUGGGUGUGUACACCUUCCAUCCCCCCUCCAAUCCUCACGAACCAUCUCAUCCAUCCCUUCCUGGAUGGUUAACCAGUACACAGCACCCCUCGAUUGA